AUGGCAUCUACGGCACCGCCUCGCCCUCGGCCAAGACCCGCGCACACGCAAGGCGCUACGCUAUGCGCCUACACACCAGAUGGAACACAGUUGGUGACGGUCGGAUCGAAUAACACAAUUCGUCUCUACAAGACGGGCUUCGACGGCGAGCCUCGGAAUAUCGACGAUUGCCCCGAGCAACAUACAGCCGUGGACGCGGCCAACGACUUCUUCGUUGCCGGUUCUGAAGACGGCACUGUCAGCUACUACUCGAUCCCCAAUGCCGAAUUCGAGAGAUUCCUUCUUCGUUGCUCACUGCCUAUUCGCGAUGUCGCGCUCUCCCCAGAUGGACAAUGGUGCGCUGUCGCUAGCGAUGAGCUUACUGUUAAAGUGGUAAACACCAGCGACAAUAGUCAGGUGCGAACUCUGAAAGAGCACGGCAAACCGACGAAGCACCUUGUCUUUGACCACAAGGGCAACACAGUGGCGCUGUCAUGUACUGAUGGCGUCGUGUACAUAUACUCCCUUACAUCGGACGAGCCUGAGCUUAUUCGAAAGAUGGAUGGCAUCAUUGGUGCUCUGGAUGCCGAAUCAGAAAUCAGUUCCAUGGUAGCAUGGCAUCCCGAUGGCAGGGCAUUUGCUGUGCCUACACCGACACGAGACAUUCAAGUGGUGUCGAAAAAUGACUGGGAGAAGCAGCGGGUCUUCUCCAAGGGCCAUAACGGCGAUAUCACUGCUCUUGCGUGGUCGCCCAAUGGCGCGAUCCUCGCCUCGGCUGCAAAGGACAAAAAGAUUAUACUGUGGGAGUCCAAGACCCAGUCCGUCAUUGCCAGGCUCGACUAUGUCAAUGUAAUGAACAUUUCGUGGCACCCCAAAGAGAAUCUGGCGUCAUUCACCAAUUCUGAUGGCGAGGUCUAUAUCCAUCCUGACUUUGUGCCGGAGCAAUUUGCUCAGCUCUUGAAGCUUCCAAAGCAGCCAGCCCCCUUUAUCCAUGACCCGCUACAAGAGGUCUCCUUGAACAUUAGGCGACCGGGACCGGGACCCAAGGAAGCUGAACGGCGGCCGCGUCGUGAUUCACUCGACAGUCUCGACUCGCUCAUGGAUGGCGCAGAUAACGAUGACUUUGUGGUCGACGAUGACGGCGCUGGCUAUACCCUGAAUGGAAAUGGCAAGCGUUCUCAUGAUGAGGAUGAUCUCUUUGGCGAUGGCUCCAAUAAGCGUUUCCGGCUCGAAGCUCAAUACCACGAGGCUUUCCAACCAGGGUCUACACCAUGGCGCGGCAAUCGCAAGUAUCUCUGCUUGAAUCUGAUCGGAUUCAUCUGGACUAUCGACCAGGAUGGCCACCACACAGUGACUGUCGAGUUUUACGAUCAUGACUUCCACAGAGACUUUCACUUUACAGACACCUUUUUGUACGAUAAGGCCUGCUUGACCGAAAAUGGCACGCUCUUUUCGAGCCCGCCAAAAGAUGACACUCCUGCCACAAUCUUCUACCGUCCUCACGAGACAUGGACGAACCGAACGGACUGGCGCACCGAAUUGCCCAAGGGUGAAGCUGUUCUGGCCAUGUCAUUAAGCGAAUCUUUCAUCACUGUAACGACUACAGCCAACUACGUCCGAGUCUACACUUUGUUUGGUAUUCCCUAUCGAGUGUACCGGCCAAAGAGCACACCAAUGGUCACAUGCGCCAGCUGGAGGGACUAUGUGCUAACCAUGGGCAACGGCCCCGUGGGCGCUGAUGGCAAUGCCCGGCUCCUUUAUACAAUUGAAAAUGUCAAGAGGGACGAAAUAUGUCAGAAUGAAGACACGGUCGCUCUUCCCGAGGGGGCGACUGUCAAGAGUGUCUUCUUUUCAGACAAUGGUGAUCCGUGUAUCUACGACUCUACUGGCACUCUCCUCACGCUUUUGCACUGGCGACAACCUUCCAAAGCUUCUUGGGUUCCCUUGCUCGACACGAAACUCCUUCCACGUCUGGCAUCUGGCCGCAAACACGAGACCUACUUUCCCAUCGCCGUAGCUGACAACAAGUUCCACUGUAUCAUUCUCAAGGGAGGCGACCAGUACCCAUACUUUCCACGGCCUCUUCUCUCCGAGUUUGACUUUUCUAUCCCGUUGUCAUCUGAGCCACCCAAGGCCAAGUCUACCAAUGCUGAAGACCCGGAUGCUACACCGGAGCCGGAAGACGGCGAGUCCGAAACUCGGAAGCUUGAGCAGACCUACCUGCUCAAGGGCAUCUUUGCUGCUCAGCUCCAAGACUCGGUAGAUGCUACGCAAGGGUCUGGCUCUCAUGCCCAGCGAUCCACGCUCGCGAGAUUGGAGCUGGACAUUGACAAGACGCUUUUGCAGUAUCUUGCAAUUGAAUGUCGUGAAGGCGAGGACCGCGGUAUGCGGGCUCUAGAGCUCGUGCAGCUAAUGAGGGACCGCACCGGCCGGAUGCUCGAUGCCGCCGGGAAGGUGGCCGAACGAUAUGGGCGUAGUAUUCUAGGCGAGAAGAUCAGAGAGGUGAGCGAGAGAAGGCUAGGCGGUGAUGAGAUGGACGAAGACUUCCCUUAG